AACAGAGAGCUGCGUGGGGCGGGGCUUGGAAGAUACUGGAGGCGGCGCCUACAAAGAACAGAGGGGGCGGGGUUCGAGCUCCCUCACGCCCACCUCUUCCAGCCAACCAGCUUCCGCGCUCAAGGCCCCUUCGGGUCACGUGGAGGGCUGUGAGCACGUGCCAUCGUCCCGGGAAACAGAGCAGCUGUUGCGUUAAGAGAAGCUUUAGGAACACGUGGACGGGCCUGUGCAUUACACAAACGCUUAGGGCGUGCGGGUGACAGGCGCAUGCCCAGGCUCUGGGGGACCUGUUUGGGAGAAGACGAGCGCAUGCUCAGACUCCAGGGAGAGCGUGAGCAUGCCCAGGUGCUGGGAGGGGCGUGUGGAGGUGGUGGAUUCGGGCUUCGGCGGAGACAGGUGCGCAGCCUUCGGUUCCGACGCCUUACAGCGCUCAUCUCUAGUCUGCGCAUGCCCAGACCGUGUAGCGACUUGCCACAACGGUUGAGGGGCAGUGGUGGCGGCGGAGCAGCGAACGAGAUGCUGGUGGUGAUGCUGUUGGCGGCGGCGACCUUGCGGCUCUGCCCGCUGGCCAGAGCUCAGCCGCUGUGCCGUAUUCACACAGUGAGGACAGGAAAGAUGUUUCAUGUCGGACAGCCAACUCAAGGGGUACACCUGUAUUUUUCAUCUGCGACAGCACGAUUGAUUAAACAUCCUUGCAAGAAAAACAUAGCUCUGUAUCUAGGAAAACAACUUUUUUUGACGAGAAAUAACUUUGAGAGUAGUCUCCUUCCAUUUUCCAUCCCCACUUCAAUGCAGGUUGGCAUACCAGAAGUAACAUCAGCACAUUUUGCCAGCUCAGUAUUGCUGUUAGUAGUGAAUCGAAAAGUUUAUAUUUAUGAUUACGAAGCUGAUUCCUGGAAUGCAUCUAUAGGUAUAAAACACCCUGUGUCACAAAUCUCUGGUGACAACUGUUGCUACAGUGAACAUCCCUUUUGCUUGGAUAUAAGUAAUUCCGUUUUUGCUUAUUUGCUUGGAGAUCUGACAUCUCAGACCAACAUCUAUUUCUCAAAUACCCAAGGAUACAGGUUUCAGAAGUAUGCCCAUGAGAGACAGGCAGAACUAGUUGGGACUUUGGGUGGGAUCUUCUACUUUCACUCCUUGUCACAGAUUGGGCUGCUUCUCAUUGAUCAAGGGAAGGCCAAGUUCGGGUACUCGGACCACCCCCUGAACCACAGUUUGGGGCUGCCGUUUGACUACAAUGGGACCCUGGACAUCCUCCUCACCCCAGGGCAGAAGGGUAUCCUAAUCUUCUGGUAUGAGAACAGCCUGUUAGUCUCCCGAAAUGCAGGUCAGCUCGUCGACCCUGUCCCCGUGCGAGAAGGACACCACAUCUUGUAUUCUUCCAUUUCUGAGGCCAAUGUCACCAUCCACAGCGUGGCCGCCAAUGAAAAUGAACUGGCAGUUUUAACUCGGGAGAAUAAUUUGUAUUAUGGCAGCCUGGGCAUCCUGUCAAGUUUCCUAAUCAAAUUUGCAGACCAAAACAUCUGGUCCCAGGAGGCAGUCCUGAUGUUCACUGAACUGGGAAUACUUGAAAUCCUGACUCCACUUCCUGAUUCGUUUUUCCCAGCUUUUGAUUUCCAGAAGUGCCCUGUGAAUAUCCAGGCAAUUCUCAUGGACCCCCAGCUCCAAGUUGACUUCUGCAAAGCGAUGGUCAGCAACCCCUACUCUCUGGGGCUGCAGGCCGUCAUCUACGAGGACAGCUUCACCUACGACGGGAACACCAAGCACAGGCUGAACAUUUCCCUGCGGCAGCAGCACCACUGGGGCAGGGCUGACCCCAACUUCACCUCCAGCAUAAAGAGACCCACAAUAUCUACAAUCACUCUGGACAUAGCCAAUAAAGAAAUUUCGUGUGUGGACCUCAAGCCACUGACGGCACUCAUUUCAGUUGGAUGCGACCUGGAAAAGAAGAUCAUCAUUCAGAACGAAAUCUCAGCCUGUUCCAAAGGCAUCCUUAAUCCCGUGGCCCUUCAGGACAAUUACAGCUACCUCAUCGAGAAGGAAGCCUACGACCCCAAUUUUCGGCGGCAGAGGGCUACCAAGGACCUGGUGGUGUACUACCCUUAUGAGAAGCUGGGCUGUCCCCUCCUCGUCUACUACGACACCCCGUGGAAGCCUGUGGUGGAACUGUGGCGGGGAGGAAAGUUCCAGGAGGUUAUGGAGGCGGAAUAUGUCUUGCUGGAGGUGAACGGGCUGUUCACAUACACGUACUCCCUGACAGCCCGCACCGCGCUCUGCACUUCCCAGCCACAGAACUGGACCACCGUCAUAGAGAACGCCGGCGACAAGGGGCCCUUCAUCUGGGACCGAGAGAACUACGUGAGCUGCCAUGACCCCAAAAACGAUGCUCCCUUGAAAUGGCCAAAUGUCCCAUAUCAGAUCUUGGGAGGCCCAACAGCAAACAAGGUCACUUUUGAGCAAAGGAACGGAAUCUAUGUCUUCUUCAUUUCUAUUGUGGACCCGUACUACAGCUACUGUCCCCUGCAGACCACGUUCAGCGUCUAUGUGUACGGGGCCUUCCCACUGCCCCUCAUCCCGUCGGAGAUCACCAUGUUCCUGCUGAUGGUCGCCAUCCUGCUGUCCGUGUGGCUGGCCUACAUCAUCCCCAAGGCGCUACGCACGGAGCAGGGCCACAGGUUCCAGGGCUUCUGGUCCAGCCUGUGCAGGAGGUACCGAGAGCGCUGUGCGUGCUUCUGA